AUGGCGCCCUCCGGAUCUGACCAGCUCUCGAAGCCAUUCACCAAAGACGAGCGUAAAAUUCUCCGCAGAGAGCUUAGGCAUCUGGUCAAGAAGAAUGCGACUACGCGUAAGAAGUUGGAGAAGGGUGUCGAGGAUAUGAAGUCGUUCUAUCCCGACGAGCAGCAGUUGCAGCAAGAGAGUCUGGCCGACAUUUCACGCCGCAUGAGAAAGAAAGUCGAGAAAUUCAGAUUUCGGCAAAAGGGCGUAUUGGCCAACAGAGAGCAGCUCUACAGAUCGGAUCCCUCUUCCGCCCGGGCUAGGGACAUCGACUUUAUGAAGGAUAUGCUCGCAAACCUGGACGAGGGUAUCGCAUCCGCGAAGUCAUCGAAGAGGAAGUCUCCCGAAGAAAGCAACGAGAAAUCCGGUUUGGAAUGGGACUCAGACUCAACCUCGGACUCGGACAACAUGGUCGAUGAUGCCGACAACCACAGCGCUGUUGAGCGUGACCUAGGCACCCCCACCAAAAAGGUUCCUAGAACCGUUGCUUCGAGGACCGAAGGUGAGACUGCCGCGAAGUCUACCGAUGCCGACGACAAGACCAACAGUGGCGUCAAGGAUCAGAAUGACGAAGACAAGAAGCAGAAGAAGAAGCGCAAGAAGUCCAAGUCUUUCUCCGCCGAAGAUGCCGAGCUGCCGCAGGCACAGGACUCUGCCGACAUUGUCCGCAAGGCAAAGAAGCACAAGCGAUCAAAGUCGUUCUCCGUCCAAGAAUUUGGUACGCUGAGGGAUUCCAAUAUAUCGCCAGGAGACGACUUGACCAACGCAGCGUCCGACAAGAAGAAAGUCAAGAAGUCAAAGUCUCUUCUCGUCGAUAAGAUCAGCAAGGAAACCAAGAACACACGGGAGCAACUUGAGCCCACGUCGCCACAGGGUACCUUUGAUGAGAAGAAGGUUUCGACUACUGUUCUCGAAACUGCGAACGCCGCUGAAAAGGGUGACGAAGAUGGUGCUCUGAACGAUUUUGAGAUUGUGGAGGUUCCCACCAGCAGCAACAUUGCUGCUUUCAACGACAAGAAGCAGAAGAGGAAGAGGAAGAACAAGAAGAGAUCUCAUCCGGUCGAUAACGAUGGUGGUACCCCCGCCCCGGGGAUCGAGGAUACUGCAGUCGUCUCUGGUCAGAUCACUGCGGCUCCGCGCAAGCAAACACCAAAGGGUCCAACUCGCAUCGACCCUCCUGCAGCUCCUGCUAUCUUUAGCGAUCUUCAUCCCCGUUACAACCCAUUCUCGGGAUUUCAGAAGACAUACAGCACCCAGAAGGCCGAGCCUAUCUUCACACCCCCAGAGAAGCCCUCGGCCAAGCCGUCUUCGUCUUCGGCUGUGGAGAGUGGCCAGACUUGGGUUCUCGACACUGUCGGCUCUCGAAAGAAAAGCAAUAGUGUGACGAUGAAGAUUGGCAAGGUCGAGACACCCCACCAGACGGAUCAGGAAUCCCCUACACCUCCAUCCACAAGGGAGAAGAAGAAGAGGGGUAAACCCAAGAAGGCCAAGGGCCCUGCAACUAUUGCUGCAAAGCCCACUAGCCGCAGCUACAGGACCUGCCCAGCGCUCGCCAGAGUUGCAGAAGAGCUUGCCGAGGACAGGAAGAUGAUUGCGAAGGAGCGAGAUGCUUGGAAGAAGAUUAUGAAGUUCUGA